AUGCCGUCAUUGAAGUCGUUAGCUGAGUAUCAUACCUAUGUGGAGGCCACUUUCCAAGAACAAGCCAAAGAGGUGCUGUGUUUGUAUCCCGCGGCCACGGAUACGGAGGUUCAGAGGGCAACAUCCCAGCUUCUUGCCGACCAAUGCUUUGUCUGGCCAACAUGGACUUCUGCGCGGCUGCAAAUCAAGAACUUGAAGUCACAAGCGUGGUAUUAUAAGUUUCUUGCAGCGCCGAUAAUUCCACAGGACUUGGAUGUCAUCGAGAAGAAGCAUGCCGGCGCCUUUCAUGGUGUCGGAGUAGCAGCGCUUUCGAAGGAUUUUUUGGGUGCUUUGGUACGAUUCUUGCAAACUGGAAGCCCCAGUGAUGCUGAUUCCUGGCCCGCCGUGGACGCAAAUGGAGGUCUGAUCAUGAACUGGGAUUCCAACUCCUCCAAGGUAAAACCAUCAGGAGAACGUCUAAAUAAAAUAUCGAUGUUUUGGGAUACAUAUUAUGGGAUCAAAGGAGACAUCUAG